AUGGGCGCGGUAUCGGAUCAGCACAUAUCGAAGCACCGGUCGAGCCAGCGGCAAAAGCGGAGAGUGAUGCCGUCGCUGCGGCUGGCGCUGCUGGUGCUCGGGGUCGUCUCCGCCGCCUACGCGUGCCUCGUGCGCCCGCACUGCGCGCCCGCGACCCUGCCGCUAUCAAAGGAGGUACGGGCCUCCGCGCUCCAUCUCCUCCCUCCCCUCCCCCACCUCCCCCCUCCUUUCUGUUCCCACGCGGUCCCCCACGAGCUAGAGCUGCGGCAAUGGACGGGCGCAAGCCAAAUUCCCCCGAUUCGUCCCUUCCCCUUUCCAACCCCCUCUCACCUCCUCCCCCCUCCCCCCCAAUUUGUAACACUCCGCCCGUACCUUCCCCCGUGUGCGCCCGCAGCAACUGCAGCUGCAGAUGAUGCGCGCAGAGGGGGUAAGGCUUCCCCUUGUCCCUCCCCCCUUCCUCACAUCCCCACCCCCAAAUUUGAAGAGCUGGGGCUGCUGCAGACGAUGCGCGCAGAGGGAAAAAGACUUUCCAGCUUUCCUCCCCCCGUCCUCAUCUUCCCCUCCACCUCCCGCGCAUGCGCGCCCGCAGGAGCUGGAGCUGCUGCAGACGAUGCGCACGGACGCGCCACUGCUGGAGUCAAACGGCUAUCUGCAGGUGUUUCUGGGCGGGGCUGCUCCUUGCUCCCCUUCCCUUUCCCUAAAUCCCUUGCUUUUUUCCGUCCUCACGCCCUUCCUCUCCUCCCUCUGUCUGCCCCCUCACCCCAAUCAGAGGCACCACCGCCGGAGUUAAACGGCUAUCUGCAGGUGUUUCUAGACGGAGGGCUCAACCAGCUGUGUACAUUUGACGCCCCUUUAAACGCGCCACUGCCGGAGUCAAACGGCUAUCUGCAGGUGUUUCUAGACGGAGGGCUCAACCAGCAGCGCAUCAGCGUGUGCAACGCAGUGGCAGUGGCUCGCCAGCUGGACGCCAGUCAAACGGCACUUACCUCCCUCUCUUCAUCCUCCCCACCUCCUUCCCCACCUCCCCCUCUCUCCCCCUCACCUCACCAGGUGUGCAACGCAGUGGCAGUGGCUCGCCAGCUGGACGCCAGUCAAACGGCACUUACCUCCCUUUCUUCAUCCUCCCCACCUCCUUCCCCACCUCCCCCUCUCUCCCCCUCACCUCACCAGGUGUGCAACGCAGUGGCAGUGGCUCGCCAGCUGGACGCCAGUCAAACGGCACUUACCUCCCUCUCUUCAUCCUCCCCACCUCCUUCCCCACCUCCCCCUCUCUCCCCCUCACCUCACCAGGUGUGCAACGCAGUGGCAGUGGCUCGCCAGCUGGACGCCAGUCAAACGGCACUUACCUCCCUCUCUUCAUCCUCCCCACCUCCUUCCCCACCUCCCCCUCUCUCCCCCUCACCUCACCAGGUGUGCAACGCAGUGGCAGUGGCUCGCCAGCUGGACGCCAGUCAAACGGCACUUACCUCCCUUUCUUCAUCCUCCCCACCUCCUUCCCCACCUCCCCCUCUCUCCCCCUCACCUCACCAGGUGUGCAACGCAGUGGCAGUGGCUCGCCAGCUGGACGCCAGUCAAACGGCACUUACCUCCCUCUCUUCAUCCUCCCCACCUCCUUCCCCACCUCCCCCUCUCUCCCCCUCACCUCACCAGGUGUGCAACGCAGUGGCAGUGGCUCGCCAGCUGGACGCCAGUCAAACGGCACUUACCUCCCUCUCUUCAUCCUCCCCACCUCCUUCCCCACCUCCCCCUCUCUCCCCCUCACCUCACCAGGUGUGCAACGCAGUGGCAGUGGCUCGCCAGCUGGACGCCAGUCAAACGGCACUUACCUCCCUUUCUUCAUCCUCCCCACCUCCUUCCCCACCUCCCCCUCUCUCCCCCUCACCUCACCAGGUGUGCAACGCAGUGGCAGUGGCUCGCCAGCUGGACGCCAGUCAAACGGCACUUACCUCCCUCUCUUCAUCCUCCCCACCUCCUUCCCCACCUCCCCCUCUCUCCCCCUCACCUCACCAGGUGUGCAACGCAGUGGCAGUGGCUCGCCAGCUGGACGCCAGUCAAACGGCACUUACCUCCCUCUCUUCAUCCUCCCCACCUCCUUCCCCACCUCCCCCUCUCUCCCCCUCACCUCACCAGGUGUGCAACGCAGUGGCAGUGGCUCGCCAGCUGGACGCCAGUCAAACGGCAUUUACCUCCCUCUCUUCAUCCUCCCCACCUCCUUCCCCACCUCCCCCUCUCUCCCCCUCACCUCACCAGGUGUGCAACGCGGUGGCCGUGGCUCGCCUGCUCAACGCCACUCUGCUCGUCCCCGAGUUCGCCACCAACAUCUUUUGGCAGGACUCCAGGUGGGCGGCACACAGGGCGGCAGGUGGGCGGCACACAAGGCGGCAGGUGGGCGGCACACAGAGGGCAGGUGGGCGGUACAAAGAGCUCCAGCGUCUCUCAUCCCUCCUGCAAUCUCUUCUCAUCAAACCCACUGUUCCCUUCCCUGGUCCCAUGUACACUCCCCCUUCUCACCAGUCAAUUCGAGGGCGAGGCAAGGUUCCUUUCACCAUCACGUCUCUUCCAUUCACCCAAUCCCUCUCCUCCCUCUGCCCAUGCUCUCCCCCCUCAUCUCAUCCUGCCAGUCAGUUCGCGGACAUCUUCGAUCUCGACCAUUUCAUUUCCUCACUUCGAGGGGACAUCCACAUAGAGCGCCGUCUCCCCCGCCACCUCGCGUGGAGCACAGCGGCCUACUACGCCUCCUCGCCCUCCCGCCGCAACAAGCUCAUCCGCUCCGCACCCCUGCACGCCACCAAGAAGUGGUACCUCAAGCGCGUGCUGCCACGGCUGAAGCACAACGUCCCCCCCUGGUACCAACGUCCCCCCCUGGUACCAACGUCCCCCCCUGGUACCAACGUCCCCCCCUGGUACCAACGUCCCCCCCUGGUACCAACGUCCCCCCCUGGUGCCAACGUCUUCCCCUGGUACCAACGUCCCCCCCUGGUGCCAACGUCCCCCCCUGGUAGCAACCAACGUCCCCCCCUGGUAGCAACGUCCCCCCCUGGUACCAACGUCCCCCCCUGGUACCAACGUCCCCCCCUGGUGCCAACGUCCCCCCCUGGUACCAACGUCCCCCCCUGGUACCAACGUCCCCCCCUGGUACCAACGUCCCCCCCUGGUGCCAACGUCUUCCCCUGGUACCAACCAACGUCCCGCCCUGGUACCAACGUCCCCCCCUGGUACCAACGUCCCCCCCUGGUGCCAACGUCCCCCCCUGGUACCAACGUCCCCCCCUGGUACCAACGUCCCCCCCUGGUACCAACGUCCCCCCCUGGUACCAACGUCCCCCCCUGGUACCAACGUCCCCCCCUGGUACCAACGUCCCCCCCCUGGUACCAACGUCCCCCCCUGGUGCCAACGUCCCCCCCUGGUACCAACGUCCCCCCCUGGUGCCAACGUCCCCCCCUGGUACCAACGUCCCCCCCUGGUGCCAACGUCCCCCCCUGGUACCAACGUCCCCCCUGGUACCAACGUCCCCCCCUGGUACCAACGUCCCCCCCUGGUACCAACGUCCCCCCCUGGUACCAACGUCCCCCCCUGGUACCAACGUCCCCCCCUGGUACCAACGUCCCCCCCUGGUGCCAACGUCCCCCCCUGGUACCAACGUCCCCCCCUGGUGCCAACGUCCCCCCCUGGUACCAACGUCCCCCCUGGUACCAACGUCCCCCCCUGGUACCAACGUCCCCCCCUGGUACCAACGUCCCCCCCUGGUACCAACGUCCCCCCCUGGUACCAACGUCCCCCCCUGGUACCAACGUCCCCCCCUGGUACCAACGUCCCCCCCUGGUGCCAACGUCCCCCCCUGGUACCAACGUCCCCCCCUGGUCCCAACGUCCCCCCCUGGUACCAACGUCCCCCCCUGGUACCAACGUCCCCCCCUGGUCCCAACGUCCCCCCCUGGUACCAACGUCCCCACCUGGUGCCAACGUCCCCCCCUGGUACCAACGUCCCCCCCUGGUACCAACGUCCCCCCCUGGUACCAACGUCCCCCCCUGGUGCCAACGUCCCCCCCUGGUACCAACGUCCCCCCCUGGUCCCAACGUCCCCCCCUGGUACCAACGUCCCCCCCUGGUACCAACGUCCCCCCCUGGUCCCAACGUCCCCCCCUGGUACCAACGUCCCCCCCUGGUGCCAACGUCCCCCCCUGGUACCAACGUCCCCCCCUGGUACCAACGUCCCCCCCUGGUGCCAACGUCCCCCCCUGGCACCAACGUCCCCCCCUGGUACCAACGUCCCCCCCUGGUACCAACGCGUGGCAUCGUGGCACUAACACCCUUCUCCCAUCGCCUUGCCUUCACGGGGCUGCCCCGGGAGAUCCAACGGCUGCGGUGCCGCGUCAACUUCCACGCGCUGCGAUUCGUGCAGCCAAUCAGGGAGCUGGGGUGA